GGCCGGGCGGCGCCCCUGCGCCGCUGAGCCGCGCCGCAUGGGGAGCGCGGGGCGCUCGGGAAGAUGCCCCGGCCCGAGCUGCCCCUGCCCGCGGGCUGGGAGGAGGCGCGCGACUUCGACGGCCGGGCCUACUUCAUCGACCACGCGCGCCGCACCACCAGCUGGGUGGACCCGAGAGACAGGUUCACCAAGCCGCUCACCUUUGCCGACUGCAUCAGCGAUGAGUUGCCCCUGGGCUGGGAGGAGGCGUACGACCCCCAGGUUGGAGAUUACUUCAUUGACCACAACACCAAAACCACGCAGCUGGAGGACCCGCGGGCGCAGUGGCGGCGGGAGCAGGAGCACAUGCUCAAGGACUACCUGGCGGUGGCGCGGGACGCGCUGAGCGCGCAGCGGGAGACCUUCCGGGUGAAGCAGCAGCGCCUGGAGCUGGCGCAGCACGAGUACCAGCACCUGCACGCCGUCUGGGAGCACGGGCUGGGCUCCCAGGUCAGCUUGGUCUCUGGUUCUUCAUCCAGCUCCAAGUAUGACCCUGAGAUCCUGAAGGCGGAAAUUGCCACUACAAAGUCACGGGUCAACAGGCUGAAGAGGGAGAUGGUCCACUUGCAGCAUGAGCUUCAGUUCAAGGAGCACGGCUUCCAGACUCUGAAGAAGAUCGACCGGAAGAUGUCCGAGGCUCAGGGCGGCUACCGGCUGGACGAGGCCCAGGCUGUCCUCCGGGAGACGGAAGCCAUCAGGAAGGCCAUCCGCUGCGGGGAGAAGGAGAAGCAGGACCUCAUGAAGGUGAGAGGCCGCCGGGGCCGGGGCGUCCGCGCGGGAAGGGCCGGCGUGGCGGUGUCCGCUCCCCUCCGGCCGUCGCGCCACGUGGAGGGCGUGUGGGGCCCGCGCGGGCUCCUGGGCAAGGGAAACCGAGGGAACUGCCGCGUGGCCGCCAAGACUCGGUCCCCCCCCCCCCCCCCGCCAGGCCUGGCCGCGCUGAAGGACGGCUUCCGCCCCGCCGGGGGCUCCCACUCGGACCCGUGGUCCAGCAGCAGCAGCUCCCUGGAAAGCGCGGGCGGCUCGCUGCCCAAGCAGUUCCUGGACGUGGGCUCGCAGACGGACGUCUCGGGAAGUUGCGGUGGCGGCGGCCACAGCCAGUUGGCCGAGAAGGUCAGACUGCGGCUCCGCUACGAGGAGGCCGGGAGACGGGUCGCCCGCCUGAAGAGCCAGCUGGCCAGGCUGGACAGCGAGGCCUGGCCUGGCGCGCUGGACUCCGAGAGGGACCGGCUGGUCCUCAUCCACGAGAAGGAGGAGCUGCUCAAGGAGCUGCGCUUCAGCAGCCCCCGGGCGCGCGGCCGGGGCGAGCUGCAGAGGCUGGAGGAGGACCUGCGGGCCGCCCGGGACUCGCAGAGCCAGGCGCUGGGCGCGCGGUGA